AUGGUUAGCUCAGAACCACAUGGUGAACACGGACGGGUGACGUCUUAUUCAAAGGGUGACGUAGGGACCUCAUGGCAAGAAGAAACGGCAGCAACGGCAACGAAUAAUAGAUCCAGCAGUACAAAAAGAGGCGGGGCGGCCGAACUGGCCGUAGCCGUUCGCGGACCCGUGGGCGAGUUACCGGUCAAGGUCACGGGCGACAUUCAUUCGGGCUUCACGGCUGAGUUUACGCCCGCGCAGGUCGGCGCGCAUCAGAUUAGCGUGGAUUACAAUGGAAGACCAGUACAGGGAACGCCUUUUGUGGCCAAGGCCUUCGAUUCGAAUAAGGUCACAGUAGGCACAGUAGCUCGCGGUACUGUCGGCAGACCUGUUACCUUUUCAGUAGACGCGAGCGAAGCUGGAGAGGGCAACUUGGAAAUAACUAUUUCGGCCCGCGGCUUGAACAUUCCCACUCAAGUGCACCCUCAGGGCAAUGCCAGAUUUGCUGUUAGUUUUGUGCCGGCCGAAGCUUGCGACCACGUGGUCAAUGUGGCCUUUAAUAAAAGACCGGUUAGUUGA